CUCGGCUCUGCUCGCAUUUUUCCACCGACCUCCGGAGAAAACACAGUCGAAAAAGUAAAACAAUCCUGCGCUUUUUUGCGUCGUUUCCGACAUCCAUUUUGGUGACUAAACUCAAUUCAGUGCGUGUUAUCUAAGGCCUGUGCUAAGCUUCGACAUUUCUGCCUCGCCCGCCUGAAAUUGGUUGAGCGCCGCCGAAAGAGAAAAUGACGAUCUUCACCAAACCAGCGACGAAGAAGGGCGAGAAGAGCAUUCUGCCCUUGGUUGGUGCUGGUUCCGCUCCGAGUGCUCCAGCUGCUGACGAUGCUUCGAACAACUCAACUGCGGCAAGUAUCAUCAUGCUGCGCCGUGGGCGCCAACUGUCCCCGGCAACGGCUGCCAUUCUCCUGAUGGUGGCCGUGCUCGGUUUCUCGAUCGGUACGAUUGGUGGACUGUUCUACUACCGCCAGUACGCGCAGUCCCGCAACCAGCAUUUCCAUGCCUUCUGCAAGAUUCCCUAUGAUUCGAGCAACUUCGAGCCGCUGCACUUCCGUAGUGUGAACAUGUUCCAGCCCUUCCGGGAUGCUACACUUCAGAACUUUGACAGCGACGCCUCAUCGGAUGACAAUAGUAACAACAGUGAGGGAGAUACGAAUGGCAACGAACCAUCAGGUGAACCAUUCUUUAAUGAAGAGUUCGAACUUGGUCUGGGAGAAGAGGAUAGCUACUCGAAGAUCGAUGUACCACUAUUCCGUGGUCAGCGUCCCGCCCGUUUCCUGCACGACUUCAAGUUCAACCAGUCCGGCAUCAUCGACAGUGCGUAUCGCCGUUGCUUCAUCAUGCCGCUCGACCGUGAGACGGUGCUACCGCCCCGAUCACUUCGCGAUCUCAUCCAGAAGAUGCAGGAGGGCUACUACAACAUCGACACGAGCGUACUGAAGAAGACGAUGCGCGUGGUCACGCCCGAACUGACCGACUAUACCGAUGUUUCGCCUCGCAUCACCAAGGAAUGCGUUGAGAUGAAGAUCUACUCGCUGGAGAAGGUUGUUAGUGGUGUCUACAAACGUUCGACCGACAUCGUGGAGCGCCUGAAGUUUGCCGAAUUCGGCGGAAACCACAUCUCGCUGAUCGACAUUCAGAACCUGGACGAGUUGAAUUAAAGCAGAUGUGUAAGCACGCGCUGCACCGAGGGAGAAAUCGGUUAGAAGUCGGUAUCGAGUCGAAUCAUUGGAACAUCUUUAUUCGAAGAAUACAUCCGGUUAGCCUUCUGAUCCUUC